AAUGGCCUUCGCUAGCUCUGAACCGUCUACAUGUACUCUGUCCGGCCUUGACCGACCCCUUCGUCAAAUCAACAGCAACUAGCUCCCUCCCUCCUCAGCACCCAAAUCCAAUACCAAGAACAUCCAGCCGCUUCGCCGGGGAUGGGGAAGCUCGACGACUACUGGGACGACUGCUGCUACAAGUGGGACGAGUGGAAGUAUUGCCUUGCCUGCAUCGGCAUCGUUGCUGUCGUCGUCCUCUUCGCCGUCCUCCUCGCCGCCUUUGGCUUCGUCCGCCACAUCAACGUCACCAUCGACGACGCGUCUCUCACCCGCUUCGAGCUAGUGACCACCCCGGUGACGGCGCUGGCCUACAACCUGUCGCUGACGCUCACCAUCCGUAACCCGAACUGGGCCAUGAGCCUCAAGAACACCAAGCCGCUGGUGGCCACGUACAAAUUCGACGAGCAGAUGUUCGACCGCGUGCAGCUCGCCGACAAGGGCGACAAGCACCCGCCGGGGAAGACCCGGGUGUACCACCUCGCCACCAGCUCCAACAGCAGCUACGCGGCGCUGGGGAACGCCGGCGAGGUCGAGUACCGGAAGGAGAACGCGACGGGGGUGUUCAAGGUGGAGGUGGCGCUCACCGGGGAGGUGAGGUACACGGCGCGGCACACCAAGUGCAAGAUUGAGGCGUCCUGCCCGCUCAAGCUGCAGCUGGCGCCGCCGGGCACGGCCGCCGUCGUGUUCGAGAAGGUCAAGUGCAAGCUCGCCAAGGCGGAGAAGAACUGCUAGCUAGUGCCGAGCGGGCGGUGCUCUUGUGUUGGCUUGUGUGUUGGGGCGGCGCGUGAUGAUUUGUUCCUUGAACUGCUGUGUGCGUUUCAGCAUCAUAUUCGCAAUGUUAUGCUAGGAUUUCCCAUGUAUGCUCGGAAUUGAUGUGGAAUGGGAGUGGUUUGAAUUCAAUCCUGUGUGUUUUCUUGUCA